UGGUCAGGAACUGGCCAGGAGCGGACGAACAGGCAGUGAAGGAAUCCCAAAACUUUUCCAACACAAAGUACCGCGGUUUGUUUGACUUCGGCUUCGGUAUGUGACCACAAGUGAGAAUAGCGGCUUCGUUGCCUGCCUUGUGUGUCGGUGAUGAAUUGAAUGCUACUUACCGCCUGGGAGAAGGAAACUUACGUGAGGAGAAAACUUCUGAAAUGAUGCCCGUGCGACUGCAUCCCUCCCUCCAAAGUUCAGCUAAGGUGGCUAACGUUAGCUAGCGGAGGAGACAGCCUGCUAACUGGUGUAAAGUUUUGACAAACUUUGUUUAUGUGUUGAAACAAUUCAUAACAAAGCAGCCGACUAGUUGAGCAGGCCGUGAGGAUAUAUAAUAUCACGGACAGCCGAGAGCUCUCAUCCUUGGCUUGUUAUCGUUACCAGGCCAGGUUACAUUAUCAAGCUAAUCAUUUUUAGCCAGGAGGAGUUAGCUGACAGACCGCUAGCCUCUGUGGAGUCAGUUUACAAAAUCUAAUGCGGAUAAACUUUCAGUGAAGAAUGACACAACACUCAAUUCUAGCGAAAUAGCUGACCCUGAAGUCCAUAAUGGAGGGACUGCUUUAUCUGUAGCGUUCAUGGAGACUGGACGCUGCUGUGCAUGGACCAGCUGAGGCGUAUCAGUACUUGUGGGAUGAUACUUGAAGUGGAGAUAUGACAGAUGAAUAGCCCUGUGAGGAGACCUUCAUACCGCAGCUGGAUCUAAUUACAUUGUCCUUAUCUUAUCACCUAGGCUGUAAAAGUCAGUAGUAAUGGCAUGGACAGGUAGUAAACAUAUGGCAAAUUAAGUCAAAAGGCUCUGUGGACAUUUCUGACAAGCUGUGUGACCUUUUGUUUUUGAUACAAGCUUUUGACCCAAGCCUCACCAUCAGCAUCUGACUCUCCUGUGAUAUUCAGCCCACUGUUCAUAACCCACAUCCAGAGGGCCUGGGUCUUGGAUGAAGAGGACAGUACCAUGAUGAAGGUUACAGUCACUUUUGGGCAGACAGGUGUGGUGGUGCCCUGCAAGGAGGGAUGGACUGUGAGGGACCUCAUCCAGCAAGCCACACAGAGAUACAGAAAACUCCUAGAACAGGAAGGAGAGUUUCUUGUUCGGACUCACCAUGUUGAAUACUGUGACGGGGGAAUUCUGGACCCUGAUGAUAUAUUGAGUGACCUAGUGGAAGACAAGGACAAGCUGAUGGCGGUGUAUGAGGAGCAGGAAGCCCAGCAGAGGGGUGUGGCUAACGCAAGCCUCACCCCCAGCCCUGACCUCUACCAAUCAGAGCUUUCUGUCUUCCAACCAAUCACAGGAGGGGAGAUUGAAGUCAACUCCUCUGCCCUGAAGUCCAACACCCCUCUGUUGGUGAGAAGCAGCAGUGACUCAGCCCUCAGUCCUCAGCCCACAGAGCCUGAGCCCUCUCCGAGUGAGGACACCAGUGUCAUGGCAGCCAGUCCUGCUGUGGAGAAACCAGCAGGGAUGGAGCGACCCCAGGGCAAACACACCUUCAGUGACAGCCUGACGAGAACAGUGGAGAUCUUGGGUGAGGACAGUCCCCUGGGAAUCCACGUGGUUCCUUACAGCUCGUCACUCAGUGGAAGGUCUCUUGGUCUGUACAUCCGUGGCGUAGAAGAGGAGAGUCGAUCAAGAAAGGAGGGCUUGUUUCAAGAGGAAGAGUGCAUCGUGAAGAUCAACAACACCGACCUCAUGGACAAGACUUUUAGCCAAGCCCAGGAAGUAUUCCGCCAGGCAAUGCGUUCCCCAAUCGUCCGUUUGGAAGUAGUGCCCUCCUCUAACAGGGAACGCUAUGAGAAGAGUCUGAUUGGUCAGCUGUUUGGCAACAGUGCUGGACCAGAGAGCAGCCCCAGAAUCACAAAGACCAAAGAGCCACCUCCACCUGUGAAAGCCAAACCUGCCUUUAAGCCCCCUGAGAACCCAUCCACACGGAUGACAGAUGAAGCUGCCAUUAUGGAAGCUAAUACACCAAAGGGAAGGAGUGAGAGCCCUCUCUAUAGGAAGAGUCCCGCCCUCUCCAACUUGGUGGCCAAUAAGCGAGGAGGACGCAGAUUGAGGAUUGAUCUAAAGAAAGGUUCAGAGGGGCUUGGCUUUACUGUAGUCACCAGGGAUUCUUCAGUUCAUGGUCCUGGUCCCAUCCUUGUCAAAAACAUACUGCCACGUGGAGCUGCCGUCAAAGAUGGACGUCUACAGUCUGGAGACCGCAUACUGGAGGUCAACGGUGUGGACAUCACAGGUGUGGGACAGGAGGAGCUGGUGUGUAUGCUACGCAGCACACGUCAGGGAGAGAGUGUGUGUCUCGUGGUUCUACGGCAGGAGGACAUGUUCCUGCCACGAGAGAUGAGGGACGAGGUGUCCCGUGUGCCAGGCUUUGUUUCCGAGAAUGGGAAGGAGCAGCUAAUGUUCGAAGUGCCCCUCAAUGACAGCGGCUCGGCAGGGCUCGGCAUCAGCCUCAAAGGAAACAAGUCGAGGGAGACAGGAGAGGACCUGGGAAUCUUCAUCAAAUCCAUUAUUCAUGGAGGGGCUGCGUACAAGGAUGGGCGUCUGUGUGUCAAUGACCAGCUGGUAGCAGUCAACGGAGAAUCUCUGCUUGGGCGCUCCAACCAUGUUGCCAUGGAAACGCUCCGUCGCUCUAUGUCACAGGAGGGAAACGUAAGGGGGAUGAUCCAACUUGUGGUGCUGAGGGCUCUGAAGAAUCAACAUGGAGUGUCACCCAAUCGCUCAUUUGACAGCUCAUCUGGCCUGUCAGGACAGGUGAGCCCCGUGAACAGUCAGACUAACGGCCAUAUGAACUCUCCCAUGAUGGACAACACUCACUAUCAAUCCAAUGUGACUAAUGGGGGUUAUUCUCACAUGGACGAGGAUGAGGACGGGGAGCUGUACGGGCAUGAUCCAGAGUUCAGCAGCUCAAUCCAACACUCCUAUCUAUCAGAAAGGGACAACUCUUCCACAGCUCAGCCCCAGUCUCCCACACAGAAAGAGAACCAGUGGCAGUUCCAGCACGUCAAAGCCUCCAAGAGCAUGGACUUGGUUGCAGAUGAGAGCAACAUCGGAGCCUCUGUUGGGAGCCCUGCAGCUCCAUCAACGCCUGUGGAGCUCGGACCCACCCUCGGCCUGAAGAAGUCCAGUUCUUUGGAGAGUCUCCAGACAGCCAUGUCUGAGGUGAACAGAAAGAACGACUUCCUCCCAUUUCACCGACCUCGCCAAAAUAUGGUCAGGGGAAGAGGCUGCAACGAGAGCUUCAGAGCUGCUAUCGAUAAAUCUUAUGAUGGCCCAGCAGAAGAUGAUGAUGAUGAUGAUUCUGAGCAAAGUUCGGGCCGUGACACCCCUGCAAGUGGUUCAUCUCGUCAGGGAGCAGGGGAUCGGAUAGAGGAGAAGAGUAAAAAAGACAAAAAGAAGAAAACAAAAAUGAAGAAGAAAGAAAAGAAUAAGGUGAAAGUAAAAGAAAAAGAAAAGGAGAAAAAGAAACCGGUGGAGAACGAGGAGCCAGAGAAGAAGAGCAAGAAAAUUGGCUUUGGUCUACUGAGGUUUGGGAAGAAAAAAGACGAGAAGAAGGAGGCAAAAGCAGCUCUGCAGCGACAGAAGUCGGAUGUCCUGAGCGAUCAUGAGUUUGAGAGGAUGAAGGAGGAGAGAGAAAGAAUCGAGGCCUCUCAUCCUGAGCUUCGACAACACCAAACCAGAGACCAGCAAGGUGGUGGUGGAGGGUCGGUGUUUCCUGAUGUUGAGGAUGAUGAUGCAGAUCCAAACUAUGCCAGAAUACAGACCUUCAGAGACCGUGAUCCUGGCUCCAUACCCCAGCCGCUGUCUCAGUCACCCCCCUACAGUACAAUACCGCACACUUACGCUCGCACUCCUUCUCCACAAGGCCCUUUAGCCUUUCCAGGGCAUGGAAAUCAUCAGAGCAGUCCAGGAGCCAUCCCUGAUGAGGACCACAUUGAUAGGCUGUAUGCAAAGGUCAAUAAACCACGGGGAGGAACUGGAACGGCAUCUCCUCCUGUCUCUGCUACUACCAAUGACAGUGUGGACAGGAUCCAACAGCUAAGAAGAGAAUACCAGCAGGCAAGAAGAGAAGGAAUAGUGCCACCUUAUGAAGAACUGGACCCACGGCGCAGAGGACAUGAGAAUGAUGCACACAGGAUGCCUGGCAGAGGACCGGAUCCCCGUUUGGCACCACGAUAUGAAGAGGUGGAACGUCAGUACGCUUCUUUACCAAGACGAGGCCCGCUGGAUCCAGCUGACCACCCAAUGCAGCCCUGGUCAGGCCAUUACCCCGCACCCCAGGCACCACAAGCAUACCAGCAGUCUCCAUCGUACCCAAACCCCCACUCUGGACCAUCUUACGCAGGUUACCAACCUGGCCAGCCGUAUGCACGGCCAGUGGACCCUCGGGGCAUCGACCCAGGGUACUACCCUCACCCAAGCUCUCAGCAGAGAGGUCCCCUGCGGCAGGACGUUCCCCCCUCUCCUAUCCCCCCUCUUCGUGGUCUAAGAUAUGACACUAUGACAAGAGGAACCGGGGGAGGAGGCUACAGGUAGGGGGUGUUUGGAAGAAGAAGAAGACUCCAGGCACAUGAUGGAUCCCAGUCCAGACCAACAUGGCUAUACUGGGAAAGGAGGAAGACACCAACACCAAACCAACCAGAGACAGAAGAAUGCCAUGACUGCAGCUGUGUAGACCCAUCAUGUCCAGAGAUGAACAUCACAUUCCUUACUGCUUUGUGUUGUGUAGCUCUCAAGCUCCUGGUACUGCAAUGAAAUAGAGUUGACACCUCUAAACGGUGUGAUUGAAUCACCAUCAUUAUCAAACACUGUGUAAGCCGUUUGAAGUAUAUGGUAAUACACAGACAAGCAAGGUAAAGGAGGUUAAUUACAGCGUGGCCUGGGUGUGCACAAUAUCUUGUUGUUUGAAGUCAUUUAAAUUGCUUUAAGUCAUCAGAGAGUAAAACUUUGGCAGAGUAUUACAAUUCACUCUGCUCUGCUCUAAAGUGGGUUUAGAUCCAUUUAAAUUAAGGCAGUAAAAGAGCACCAACAGUUCUACUCACUCAUUUUGAAUCAGGCAGUUUCAUUGCUGCAACUGCAAAGCAAGACAAUUUAAUGUUUUUUAUACAAACACACAACCUGUUUGGCUGCCCUCUGGCUAUGCUAGGUGGGCAUUUAGAGAGAUAAGUAAAUACCAGUGUUUUGGUUGGUUAACCCCAAAAUUUAAUCCUUGAGAAUGAAACAAGUCUGUGUUGACUGAAAGUGUUUGUAAGGUAUUAUUUGAGCUCUCAAGGUUAAUGUGAGAAGAAGUCUAAAUGUUUCUGCAUCUAAAACAGGGGUGUCCAAACUUUAUCCACAGAGGGCCUCAUACAGAAAUAUAUUAGGAUAGUGGGGCUACCUUCAUAUUCCUCGCCAUGAGGAUUUUAAAGUUAGUAAGGCUAAUCCAAUGUAAGUUAAUAUAUGCUUAGCAAUUGAGUAUGCCUAAAUGGCUAGUUAAUGGCUGACAGGGCAAAUAGACCGUCAUUUUCAAAUUUCAGGGGGCCCCGUUUAACCCUGGGUACCACUGGCUUUGCCUCUGAAAAGUUAUUGGUGCUAUUUGCUGUGAUAAUCCAUCAGGACUUUAUUAAUCAAGAUAUCUUGUCAAAUUGUUAGUUUACAGAUUUAACUUGGUAGCACUGCCUUGUGCUGAAAACAAAUACAAUACAGUUAAGCCCAAGUUUCAUGUUUUAAUGUGGACCAUAUUUCAUUUUAUCUCAGGAAUUUGCUGCAGGCCAAUAAAAAAUGGGCCAUAGUUCGGACACCCCUGAUAUAAAACUGAGAGAGCAGCAUGCUGGUCUAAAGAAGCUUUCUCUAUCCUGUAACUGUUACUAAAGAAAAGUGACUACACAUUCAAAAGGGAUACAUCCCUUCAUUGGAGAUUGUCUAAAUGACCUCUUUAAAGCCAAAGCAUUUGAACCAUAGACACAUCUUUCUGUAGUAUACAUUUUUCUCACUCCCCUAAUAGGGAGAGUACCACUUUUAACAUAUACCACUUUGUAAGGUUACACAUUUUAUACCUGUUACUGAUCCUGACUGAUUAUAGUGUUUUAUCAAUGAUUUACAGAGAAGGUUUGAAUAAAGUUCACUGAAGCACACUGUUAUUUGAAAUAGAUACUGGAGUACAGGACUGGGUUCGAGCCAAGUCUGAGAGGAUGUCUGGCAGCAUGUACAGAUAGCCUUGUUCCUGUUUUUAAAGAAAUCUUGUGGGAAAAGUUACACUGUUCAGGUGCAACAAUAGAAACAGCAUCCAUCUGUGUUAAGGAAAUAUAACCACUAGAAUGUGUUCUACAGAAAAAGAAAAGUAAAUUUCCAUCUACUUGAAUGUAUCUGUGUGUAUGUAGUAGAGAAAAUACAGUUCUGGGCUGAACUUUUUGGAAAAUUUGGGCCCAAAACUGCAGCUGAUAUACAGGGGUCUGGCUGCAGACCAUUCAUCUAUGAUGGCCACUGUCACAGACGAUUCAUCUGAGAAACCAUAUAUCUCAGGAAGGAGGUGCUGUAAUAUGCCGCUACAACGUAGUUCCAGUUUAAGAUUUUUUUAAUUCAAUUUUAAUCAUCAAACAAAGCCUGGAAGUUACAUUCAUAAAAUAAUCACAUUGUAGACAUUACAGAUUAAGCAACAUUUCAUUAAUAAAAGAGAGAUAAACGUCAGAGGUCUAAUCUGAGAUUAAAUUAUGUACAGACCCAUUUUAGAAGUAGUUACAUGAAUUGUGGCUUGCUUUAGCAUUGUUAGCUUAAGCUAAAGCUAACAUAGCUAUGAUAGCUUAGUAAUUAAUAUUACUACAUAAGCCAGUGUAGCUGCACUAGCUUUAGCAAGGUGAGCUUUAGAAAAGUAGCCAAAGUUAAUGUAGCUAGGUAGAUAACAUAUCUGCAUAGCUUAUAUGGUCGCUUUGUGGGCUAAGCUUAUGUUAACAAAGAAGCUAAAUUAGCUACAUAGCUCAGUUAUUCUUAGCUAAGUUAACUUUAGCAGGGUGAGCUUUAGCAAAUGUAGCUACAGCUUAGCUAUGUAAUAACAUAUCUAUGUAGCUUACAUAAUUGCUUUGUGAGCUUAGCUUAACUUUCGCUAUGUAGCUCAAUUAUCUAUAGCUAAGUUAGCUUUCGCAACAUGAGAUUUGGCAAAUGUAGCUAAAGCUAAGGUAGAUAGCCUAGCUACAUUAGCUGCAUUAGCUUCACUGCUAACAGAGCAAUGUUAGCUGCAUUAGAAUGGAGAGCUAGCUUUUUCCUGGUAGCAGACUGUUUACCGGGCUUUACUGAACAUUUUGUAACAAGGUUUGGCAAAUCAGGUUUUAAGUUUUGGUAUCCUAACUUUACCUUAAUCCUGAGUUAUGGAACAUCAGGCCCUGUGAUUAAUGCUUAGCGCCCCACAUGCCUAAAACCGUCACUGUCAUAUAGAUUCUCCAAUCAGAUUUUGGAGUCUCCUAAAUGAAAAUUUUCCUGCAAUGACUGUUUCAAUUUCUUUCAUCACAGUUUCUGUCAAGCUGUGUUGCUCCUUUAUCACCCACUAUUUUCACCGAUUGUUUACACAUUUACUUGCUAUUAUAUGGUAGCUAAGCUCUGUGAGCUGUGAAGUGGAUGCAAGCGAUGCACAGAAUGAUUGUUUUUCAGUCACGUGAAGUUAAUGCAGUGGGUGAUGUUGGUGGCUACACUUUUGAUUUAGACAGUCUCUGCAUUUUGUACGGGUCUAUAGGACACUACAUUUUCUUUAAAUGCUGUACAGGUAUUUAAACCGCCAGACACUUUAAGGUACAUUGUAACAAUUAUUUGUCCACAACCCAUGGAGUUGGUCUGUACUUCUGUGUCACCAGGGUACAAGAAGAUUUUGCUAACUUUUUUGGCUCACUUUUGAAAACCAAAUUUGGGCACAAAUGCUAAUAUUAACCUAUAUAAACUUAUAUUCUUGAAAAAAUGUUUAAGAACAGAACAACCAUACAAUUACUUAAACUAUGUCAAAAAGCAAGGGAUAUGCAUAGCAAAACAAUAUGAUAUCAGUGAUGAAACCAAACUCUGACGUCUACAGCUGCCUUUCCUCUUCUGAAGUAUAUUCUUGCAUUUCAACAGUAUUUUUAAAACUUUGCUUUAUAACAUCUUUAUGAUCAGAGAAGAGCAGAUAUGCAAAAAUGGUGCUUUCACUAUAAUAGAGCAUGUUCAAUUAACUGUGCAAUACAACCAAAAGCCAUAAUUGGUCAACAGGUUGAUUAUUUUAUGCGACUUAAGUAUAACCACUAUGAUGCAUCGCUGGAUAAUGCAGUCUUGCACCAUUUCAGGCUGGAGUAGAGUAGAUGUAGUCUGUAAAAACAUGAUUUAACUGUUGGGUCAAACUUUUUUAACCAAGCCAGUUUUAUUCAGUAGCAGCCUCUUUUCUUUGUGUUGUCUGUGUAUGCCAUGUACCGUGGUUAUAAACGUAAUGGAUGAUCACAGCACAUGUCUGUGACCUGAUGGUGUGGGCGUCACUGUGGGUAAAGUGGACACAAGUCCUUCUGAAACAUGGAUCAGGCCUCUGAGUGCUCUUCUCAUUGCUGCACCAUGGUGUAUAUCCAUUUAGCCACUUACUGAACCAUCAAUUAAGUGUAACUAAGAGUUAGAGCCUAGCUUAACAUUUCUGUGUUUCGCUCCACAAAGCUCAGCAGUAUUCAUUUCAAUGGAGAUUAAACACUUAAAAUGACAUUUCAGGAUUAGGUGAAUUGCUUUUCUGUUAAUGUGACUGAGGAUGAAAUCCCACUGAAGUGAAUGUUGAGUGUCAUUUAACUGAAACCAGUGAAAAGAAUGUGAAGUAGAUUUAAUUUAAAAACCAUCUCAAGUUUUCGUUUCAUAGAUCUGUAUCGUGAUGAAAGAGGAAAGUAGGCGAGCAGGUA